AUGCGUCUCCGUCUGUUGGAUGCCAUCCCUGGCGAAGUUGCCAAUGCCGUACCACGCGUGUUUCCUACUACCGGCUUUGAGAUUAUUGAUCCAACAGAGGAAAUCGAAGAGGAGACUUUGCCCACCUACAGAGCCGAAAAAUACUACCCUGUUCGUCUUGGAGAAGUCCUUGAUGGGCAAUAUCAAAUCCUGGCUAAACUGGGGUACGGCGUUACGUCUACAGUCUGGCUCGCUCGUGAUUUAAGCGAUUCCAAGUAUGUCGCCUUAAAGAUCUAUGUUUGCGGUUCGGAGAGAAAUCAUGAACUCGGCGUGUAUGACCGUAUAAAUACAGUCGAGUCAGACCACCUGGGACGAUCUUUCAUUCGUAAACUAUGGGGUCACUUCUUUCUGAACGGUCCUCAUGGCCGCCAUAUCUGUCUUGUCCAUCAACCCCUCGGACUUAGUGUGGAUCAAUUUCUGUACUUCUUACCGGGGAAAGUUAUGGGCCUUGAAGAUCUGAAGCCAUGUCUACGACAAAUAUUAGGCGUAGUGGACUUUCUCCACACCGAUGCACAUAUUAUACAUACUGAUCUGCAGUUAAAGAAUCUUCUACUUCCCGGUGAUGAUCCGCAAAUCCUCUCGGGCAUUGAAGAAUCAGAAAUCGAGGCACCGUCACCCAGAAAGAUACUUGACCAUGGUCGCACAAUCCACACCAGUCAACUCGUUAUUCCAGGUAACGGAUUACCAAUGCUCAGUGACUUUGGCGAGGCUCGGUUCAGUGAAGAACAGCAUGAUGAAGAUAUCAUGCCCAACGUAUACAGGGCACCGGAGGUUGUGCUGAAAAUGAACUGGGACAAUAAAGUGGACGUCUGGAACAUUGCCUUGAUGGCCUGGGACCUUGUUUGUGACCAGACCCUGUUCAGCGGCAGAAACAGGGACGGUAUUUUCGAUGACCGAGCCCAUCUUGCGGAGAUGAUGGCGAUCCUGGGCCCCCCUCCAAGCGAGUUUAUCAAGCGCAGCAAAGUGGGCUCCGUGUUCUGGAAUGACAAUGGCACAUGGAAGGACCUCGCACCAGUCCCUCGUAUAACCCUUGAGAAACGGGCGGCCAGCAUCCAAGGACAGGAUCAGGAGGGGUUCUUGCGAUUCAUGCGGAGAGCAUUGAAAUGGAGGCCCGAGGAUAGGCCCACCGCUAGAGAACUGUUGUUCGAUGGGUGGCUAAUGAAGGGAUUGGAAUUCCGCAAUCAGCAAUAG